CUGAGGGUUUGAACUUUCUGUAACGCUUUCUCUUCUAAGUUUCUAUGUCAAUCCUUCCCCCUUCAAUAAGUUGAUGAAUAUGCGGUGAACAGCUUGGUAGUUGGGUAUCAGGAACUUCAUUAAGUCUUUUGAUUUAGGUACAUCUAAUUAGAUUGAAGACUUGAAUCAUUGUCAUGGAAGACGAUAAAGAAAUCAAUGUUGAAGCAUUGGAAAACAACAUUAGUGCAAAGCUUCACUGUGAUUCACCCGUGUCUGCCAAGUGCUGCAUUUUCAGAGUUCCUCAGGUUAUUAGGAGACAAAAUCCAAAGGCAUAUCAACCUGAUGUUGUCACAAUUGGACCCUUUCAUGAUCGAGGCAGUAAACACUUCCAACCCAUGGAAAAUGUGAAGCUCUGGUAUUUGCGUAACCAUCUCUUGCGCAAGAAUAUAACUUUGAAAACGUUAAUUCAAGGCAUUAAUAUUAUCGAGUUUGAGAAACAUGCCCGUGAGUUUUAUGCAGAACCACUUGCUCAUCUAAACAAGAAUGACUUCAUUGAAAUGAUGAUACUUGAUGGUUUGUUCAUAAUCGAACUAUUUCGGAAGCUUUGGCUUAGUGAAGAUAUCAGCAUCAAUGACCCGAUAUUCAACAUGGAUUGCAUGUUUCAGUAUUUAUGCCAUGACAUUUUGCUACUUGAGAAUCAGCUUCCUUGGUUUGUUCUCAACUCUUUAUAUAUCCUUACGAAGGAGACUGUUGAUUGCUCCCUGAAAAAACUUCUGCUUGUCAUCUUUUACUCAGAACCACAACUGGGACUUAACUCCAAUCGCUUCAUAGAUCAUAAUACCAUUUUCCUAGACACUGACUUUGAUGAUGAUCCUGAUCAUGAUGACAAAAUUUUGCACAUACUUGACCUCAUAAGAACUUCAAGUGUUUUCAAAUUCAAAGAUGAUCGGUUUCAGCAAUCUUUCUACGGUCCUAACACGCAAUUGAAAAUACAUCCGACUACUACUCUCUCAGAUGUCGCAAGUGACAUCAGUGACAGCAUAGUGAAUAUAGAAUUGGAAGACAGAGUUUAUAACAAUUUUCACCCGCCAUCCUACGGCCUUAAGACACAGUUUAUGCAUCCGGCCACUACCCUAUCAGAGGCAGGAGUCGUAUUCAGAAUGGAUUCCGGCGAUAGGAAGAGCAUAAUGGACAUAGAAUUCGAAGAUGGAGUGUUUACUAUUCCACCACUAGUCAUUGGAGAGUUGACAGAAUCACUCUUCAGGAACUUGAUUGCAUUUGAGCAAUGCUAUCAUGGAUGUUCGCAUAAAAUAACUUCAUAUGUGGUUCUAAUGGAUAACCUCAUCGCUUCACAAAAGGAUAUGAAUUUGCUUUGUGAGAAAAACAUAAUAACUACUAAUUGGCGGAGUGCUGAAUUAGACACGUAUCAAUUCUUCAACAAGCUUUAUAAGGACACCUCGCUUAAGGAGUUCUUGUAUGAUGGACUGUGCUACCAAGUAAAUGAACAUUACCAAGUUGCACAGGACAAAAAGCUUCAAAGAAUGAGGCGCGAGCUAAGAACUACUGCACAGUUGAAGCGUGAUUAUCUAACGUGGAAUGUUACUUCAACAAGCCUCUGGAAAGUUACUUCUUUGAUUGCAGCUUCUGUCCUUUUGGGAGUCACUAUACUUCAAACCAUAUAUGCCAUGAAGCAAUAUUAUUAUUCCCCUCGAUAAUGUUAAUUUGUAACUCGUUUACUUUGUAGAUUAAGCAUUCAUUUUGGUGUACAUUGUUACUUUGAGAGGCUCCUACAAUAAGGUCACUGCUAUCACCUUCUAAUUUGUAAAACCAUUACAGAGAAAUACAGUAGUCUUCUUCCUCGAUCUGUU